AGCGCCCUCAAAGACCAAAGAAAGAUGAAGUCCUUAUUACCGAUAGGGCAGCUCGAAUGGCUUCAGGUUUUGGGGUCUUUCCACACGUUUGCCUGGCCAUGACAGGUCCUGAGCCGUUUGGCAGCCCAAGUGGAUGUCUUCCUGGAGCCUUUUCGCCCCGGGGUGGUCGAGAAGCUUGGCAUCGGCCCAGAGGUUCUUUGCAGCCUGAAUCCAAGAUUGAUCUAUGGCCGUAUGACAGGAUACGGACAGGGCGGAACCGACUUCAGCAACAUGGCCGGACACGACAACAACUACAUCGCUUUGUCAGGCCUUCUGGAUUUCUUUCGGCGCGGCGAUGAGAAGCCCUUCCCACCUGCCAACUUCGCUGGUGAUUAUGCUGGCGGUGGCAUGAUGCUGGCGAUGGGGGUCCUUCUGGCGCUGCUGGAACGGCACCGCAGCGGCCAGGGCCAAGUAAUCGACGCGGCCAUGGUGGACGGCGCCAACUACACGGCGCUGCCCCUUUUCAAGUGGAGGGAGACUGGCUUGGUUCCUGUCGGACCGGAUGGCCAUAUGGUGGCCUCCGACUUUGUCUUGUGUCAGGCCCCUCACUGGUCAGACGUCUACCUGUGCCAGGAGGAUCCGGCGAAACCUGGCACUCGGCAGUACAUGAGUGUUCAGGCCAUUGAGCCGCAGUUCUACUCCGAACUCCUCAAGGGCCUUGGGCUGGACGGCGCCACUCUCCCGGGGCAGUUUGACCGGAAGGCCUGGCCCAAGAUGAAGCAACGCUUUGCGGAGAUCUUCCAAAGUAAAACCCGCGAUGAGUGGGCGAAGAUCUUCGCCAACACCGACGCCUGUUGUGUGCCCGUGCUGAAUCCCUUGGAAGCGGCGGCUCAUCCUCACAACCAGAUGCGGCGAAGUUUUGAACCAACCCCAGGUGCUUCUGGGCUUUAUGAACCGGCUCCUGCGCCAAAGUUGCAGCGGACGCCUGGACUCUCGCCGCGGCCGAGCCCUGUGCCCGGGGGCGACACGAGGACCGUUCUUUGCGAGUAUGGCUUCUCUGGCGAAGAGGUGGCCAAUCUGCUGAAGGAGGGUGUGCUGGGUGAGAGCAAGUCCAAGCUGUGAGCCCGUGGACGCGAGCAAGUGCAGGU